AUGGCGCUCUCCGGCUUCCUCUUCCUCUCAUGGCGACUCUUCGAGAUUCUCACACUCGCGCCAAUCGUUGGCAUGCUAGGCUGGUUCGUCAGCCAGUUCAACGACGCCAAUCAACUCACACCCAACUACAUACUGGUCCUCUUCAUAGUGUCGGUACUGGCGUUAGCAUGGGCGAUCUUCACGCUGAUUAGCUAUCUCCGUGCGCGCCACGAUGCUCUCUUCGUCGCCCUUGUCGACCUCGGAUUCGUUGGAGCACUCAUUGCAGGAGUGGUGGUUCUGAGGGGAAUCGCCGGGGCGAGCUGCUCCAACUUCGGUGCCAGCAUCAACAUCGACGGCAUUCGUGGUAACUCCUCCAUCUAUUACCACUUGGACAAGACAUGUGCACUGCUCAAAGCGAGUUUUGCACUGGGAAUCAUUGAUAUCAUUGCUUUCUUCGUCACCUUCGUAAGUUCGCCGGACUCGACUGGAGUCAAACAUUCGCUGACAGAUAUAGCUGCUGGCACUCCUCGUCCACCAUCACCACCGCGACGACGAUCGGGUGAUCGUGAAGCGAGAAUACCACCAUUCGCGACACGGUCAUCGACGCUCUUCGAGCCGUGCUCGAAGCCGCGACUACGAUUAUCGACCACGAAGCGGAAGAGGCAGCGGGCACCGCUCCAGCAGUAGGAGGCAGUAUUAUGUCUGA